UCAAAGAAAGAGAUACAGUUAGGUAUCUCCCAUCUGGUUGAGUCUUCAUCUGGACAUCUAGCCUGAAUAUUUAUCAGCUUCGCUGUGCACAUUGUCUCUGUUAAAGACAAUGGCCAGCAUCAAAAGAGAGUUUCUUCUUAUUAUUUGUUUGAUAUCAUCCCGUACCUUCUUUUUGCUCUCAUCUCAUGCAUUAACUGAUACACUCACACCCGAAGAAACACUAACAAACAAUCAAACCUUGGUUUCAGCUGGUAGGACUUUUGAGCUUGGCUUCUUCAGUGAUGACUUUUCUGGCAAUCAUUAUAUCGGCAUUUGGUUCAAAGCCGAUAAGAACAAUGUUGUCUGGGUUGGAAACCGUGAAAUUCCCAUGUCAGAUUCCUCAGGUAUUCUUCAUAUACGAUCUGGGAAUCUGGUUUACACGGAUAGACGUCGAGUUCCUUGGCUACUCAAUUCUGAAAGUGUUGCCACGGCCAUAAACACAACUGCGACACUUCUUGAUACUGGAAAUUUUGUCCUUAAAGACGAAAAAUCAGGUAUUGUUCUAUGGCAAAGUUUUGAUAAUCCAACUGAUACUUAUCUUCCUGGGAUGAAACUCGGUUGGUCUGCGCUAAACACUAACCAACCAAACUUUCACGCGUUUGUAUCUUGGGUAGGCCCCCAAAACCCUGCUCGUGGCCUUUUCACCUUAUCCACGGAUAGGAUCAAUUUAACAACAAUGCAGGUUUGGCGAGGAGAUAAUGUUCAAAUGGAUAUUGGGUUUUGGAAUGGACAUGAACUGUGGUUUAUUUUUGAUAACUCAUCAAGUGAAAAUGACUACAAUUUUAGUCGCCAUUCAACUGCAGAUGAAGCGUACUUUAAUUUUAGUGGCAAUAAGAAGUAUGACCUGGUCUGGUUCGUGAUGGCUUCCAGGGGAACGUUAGAUCAGUAUUUUAUGGUGGAUGGGAAGAUUUCUUCUGUGAGUCAUGCCCUGUGCGAUAAUUCAACAGGGAGGUGCUUGACAUCCCUACCAUCUAUGUGUGAGGAUGGUGAUAGCUUUUCAGAAGUUAAGGGAUCACUGCCUUCUACGUUUAACAUUGGUGCCAUUAAUAUGGGGGGUAGUGAUUGUGAAACGUUUUGCAAGAGCAAUUGUAGUUGCACUGCAUUUGCUUCACAGCAAAGUGAUCAAGAGUGCCAACUUUAUUAUGGGAGUAAGCAGGACCUAUUGAAGACCAUAGUAAAAGGGCCAGGGAUUAUUCACAUCCGCGGUACUGUGGCUACAAAUGGUAAUAGGAAGUGGAAACUCGGGUUAGCUCUCGCAGUUCCUUUGGCUUUCCUCUUGGUUCUUAUUGCAGUUUCCUUAUGCUGCUAUCUGCAUUGGAGAAAGGGACACAAAGAAGAUUCAGUACCAGAAGGCAUUAUCAAUUUGGGACAAGUGAGCUUAUUCCAAAUGACAACUAAUGUGUCACCAGUUCAACAGAAUGCACUUAGAGGUGCACAUAAAAUGGAAUUAGGCAGGCAGAAGGAUCAAGAUCUGCCCUUGUUUAGUUUUUCUACAAUUCAGAAUGCAACAAAUUACUUUGCUGAGUCUAAUAAACUUGGGGAAGGUGGAUACGGGCCUGUCUAUAAGGGUAAGCUCCUAGUAGAAGGACAAGAAAUUGCAGUGAAAAGACUGUCCAAAGUUUCCCGCCAAGGGUCAGUGGAAUUCAAAAAUGAAGUCUCAGUGAUUUGUAAGCUCCAACACAGGAACUUGGUUAGGCUUUUGGGAUGCUGCAUAGAAGCAGAAGAAAGUAUACUAGUUUACGAGUACAUGCCCAACAAAAGCCUAGACUUUUUCAUUUUUGAUUCAACCAAACGUUUAGUUUUGGACUGGAGAAAGCGCGUGCAUAUCGUGGAAGGGAUAGCUCAAGGCCUUCUAUAUCUUCACAAAUACUCCCGAUUAAGGAUCAUUCACCGUGAUUUAAAGACCAGCAAUAUCCUGUUGGACAGUGACAUGAACCCAAAGAUCUCUGAUUUUGGCAUGGCAAGGAUUUUCGGAGACAAUGACACUAGAGGCAAAACAAGCCGGAUUGUUGGGACAUUUGGUUACAUGUCACCGGAGUAUGCCAUGGAUGGUCUCUUUUCUGAAAAAUCCGAUGUGUUUAGCUUCGGGGUGAUCCUAUUAGAAAUUAUAAGUGGCAAGAAGAAUAUUGCCUUCUUUGAAGCCGAUCAUACCCUGAACUUACUAGGCAAAGCUUGGACUUUGUGGAGAGAAGGUGCUGGCAUGGAGUUGAUGGAUUCGACACUGCAUGCUUCUUGUUCGAACAACGAAGUUAUCAGAUACAUACAGAUGGGUCUUCUGUGCGUGCAAGAAAGAGCUAUCGAUCGACCAACCAUGUCUGAUGUAGUUUCUCUGCUAAGCAAUCAGUCAUUUGCUCUGCCGUUUCCUAAAGAGCCUGCAUUUCUGUGUCAGCUAAGUUCCACUGAUGCAGAUUCAUCUGCAAGUAGGCAAAGACAUUACUCUCAAAAUGAUUUGACCAUUUCACAAGUGCAUGCAAGGUAGCAAUAUUUAGACUUCACCCUAGUGAAGGCUUAAUAGCUUGUUAUCCUUAUCUUAGAAAAAGAAAAGAGGUUGUUAUCCUUGUACAGUAGAACUUGUAAGUUGUAACCAACACGAAAGAAAAUGCAUGACCUGAGAAGACGUUGAGAUUUCAGAUUUGCCGACUGAUGUGUCUUUACUCUUUAUCAUUACCCUCUUCAAUGGCAAUAUAGAGGGAAUGGGGGAUAGUUUGAACUUUGGAGAUUCUUCUCAAGCUUUAGUCUAGAAAGUGUGUUGUUUAUAUACCUGCUACAUCACCAAUACGCUCUAGGAAUCUUUCAGUGACCAGUGUUUUUGAUUCUCUAAGUGUUCUCUUCUGACGGCUACCGUGGAAGAUAUCUUUCAUUUUCAUCAGGGAAGAUGUGAUUAAGACUUAACUAC